GAUGGGCUGGGUUUAGGCUGCGCUCGGGAGGGACCGCGGGCUCUCGUGCUCCUCCCGACCCUGGGCAUCUCCACGCUCGGGUACCCCCGAAGCCGAGGGCAAGCAGCCUAGGCCGUGGGCCUCUGGGGGACGAUGGUGGGCCCCUGGCGCUUCUCCGUCAGGGUCUGCCUGUCCCACCUAAGGUGCUUUAAGCUCCGAAAGGAACUUGACCCCCUCAGACCCUUUGGGUGUUCUCGGAACGCCAGGCUCUGUUGGCUUCUGCUGGGCACUUUGCCCAAAUUCAUCGCCACCUACGAGGACGUCGGGGGCAGGGCGCACGGCAUCCUGUGUCAGCCCCAGGCCCCGUGGAGUGACCUAGCUGGGAACGGCAGGGUGGCGGGGGUCUCCCCCGCGGGACCCCUGGGCUGUGUCUUCCUGUAUCUCCGCAUUGGACUCCGCGCUAGUGCUCUCUUGGCAAAAUUCUUCCCCCUCCUCCUCCUGUAUCCUCUCACCUACCUGGCUCCGGGCAUCUCCACCCUCUGGCUCCACCUGCUUCUAAAAGCCACCGAGACCUCGGGUCCAACGUACAUUAAGCUGGGCCAGUGGGCCAGUACCCGGCAUGAUCUCUUUUCGGAGGCCUUCUGUGCGCUGUUCUCCAAGCUGCAUGUGCAGGUGCACCCCCACCCCUGGACUCACACUGAACACUUACUCCGGGAGACGUUUGGGGAGGACUGGGGAAGCCUCCUGCUUUUCGAGACCCGGGAACCUGUGGGUUCAGGUUGUGUGGCCCAAGUGUACAAGGCGUUCGCCAGCACUGCCCUGCUGGAGCGGGACAGCACCUGGAGACUCAGGGAGGCCGCUGGGCGUUCGAGAAAGCUCUUCGAACAUCCUGGGAGUGAGUGGAAACCUCCAGAAAAUCUUGCUGACCAGGCAUUUCUAGAAAGGCUGCUCCUGCCUAAGAAGGACACAAGUGCAUCAGGUAGACCUCGCGGUCCACCUGAGCCAGGUCACCUCAUCCCAGUGGCAGUGAAAGUGCUGCACCCUGGCCUGCUCUCUCAGGUGCACGUGGACUUGUUGCUGAUGAAAAUAGCCAGCCGAGCCCUGGAGCUUUUCCCUAGAACCAAAUGGCUCAGCUUGCCUGAGAUCGUGGAGGAAUUUGAGAAACUCAUGGCUCAACAGAUUGACCUGCGCUAUGAAGCUCGGAACCUAGAACACUUCCAGCACAACUUCCAGAACGUGACUUCUGUGAAAUUUCCCACCCCGCUGCACCCCUUCGUCACUAGGGAUGUGCUGGUGGAGACAUACGAAGAGAGCGUGCCCGUGUCCAGCUACCAGCAGGCAGGAAUUCCCAUGGACCUGAAGAGGAGGAUUGCGCAGCUGGGUAUCAACAUGCUCCUGAAGAUGAUAUUUGUGGACAACUUUGUACAUGGAGACCUUCAUCCUGGGAACAUCCUAGUCCAGGGUGCCAACGGACUUUCCCCGAGCCCGGUGGCUGCCAUGGCACCUUCCCUGCACCCAUUACGCCUGGUGCUGCUGGACGCUGGCAUUGUGGCUGAGCUGCAGGCUUCAGACCUGAGGAAUUUCCGGGCCGUUUUUCUAGCUGUGGUGCUGGGGCAGGGCCACCGAGUGGCUGAGCUCAUGCUGCAUCACGCUCGGGCCAAUGAGUGCAAGGACGUGGAGGCGUUCAAGGCUGAAAUGGCCACACUGGUGACGCAGGCCAGGCAGAACCUCACACUGGAAAAGUUUCAUGUUUCCGGCCUUCUUUCCAGCGUCUUUAAGCUACUGAUGGUUCACCAGGUAAAGCUUGAGAGCAAUUUCGCCUCAAUUAUGGUUGCCAUCCUGGUGUUAGAGGGACUUGGCCGCUCGCUGGACCCCAAGCUGGACAUCCUGGAGGCAGCUAAGCCCUUCCUUCUUCAAGGGCCAGCAACCUUCUUCUGAGCGCUGGCAGGAGACAUGCAGUGACGGCUGACCCUGAGGGCCUGUCCUGCGACAGCGGGAACAUCUGAAACUGGGACGAGUGGAGGGCACGCGCUGCUUUCCCUGUGAUUUCAAGGUCUGUUUAAAAAGCAGGAUUUUGGGCCAUUUAAUUGUGGAAGCUGAGCCUGAUGCCAGGAAUACUAUUUAAGGAAAAAUGUCCUGUUGAGGACAAAAUAUACUUACUUAUUUUGUU